AUGGAGUUAAGAGGAAAAGAGUUAAAUAAGUCUAUAGCAACAAGAAAGAAGGAGGUACUUGAAAAUACUAGUAUUUUGUCAGAAAUUUGUCAAUUUUUGGAAUUAAAAGAUGUAGCACGUAUGAGAUCAGUUUCUAAGAUAAUGAAUGUAAUUAUUAAAGACAGCCAAUUUAUAUGGAAACCAAUUCUGCAGAGAACUUUUCCAGAAGUAAGGAUACUUGACCAUUUAACGUGGCAGAGUUUAAAAAAUGUAUAUAAAUCGCUUCGUGACUAUCAUUAUUUGACCUUUGAACCGCACUCAUCUUAUACUGUUGGAAUUAUUGGCUCGCUAGGAAAACUUAAGCCAUAUCCAGAUAUUCAUAGCCCAGAAAUUGAAUCAUCAGGUAUAUUUGGGGGCUAUUCAAACUAUUUACUUGGCAAGCAUAUAAUCUCUAUUUCAGUUUUAAGUAUACCAUCUAUAAAAUCUAUAAGAAAAUUGAGAGCUGAAAUACAGUGCUGAAUUUUGCAAGUAAAUGGACAAGCUCAAGGUUGGGAAAAUGUUUUAGACGAGCAUGUUACGAAUUUUAAAAUGAAUCAAAUUAAAAGUAGUCAAAUUCUUAUUGUUAUAAAUUCUGAUCAAGAAUAUAAAACGGAUUUUAUCCUCGACUUAGAAAAAAAGUUUAAAAUUGUCAUCUUAAAAUAUAUUGAUAACAAGACGUUUGAGAAUCUUACAAAAGCAAUAUUAAAAAUAUGCAGAAAUGAUGGAGAAACAGAAAGAAAAGUCUAUGAAAAGCAGCUAAUCAGAACGAACAUUGAUGAAAAUUCGGUGCAAGAAACGAAUGAUUCAAAUAAUUGCAUUUUAUCAUAA